AUGCAUACAUUUUUUGAAUAUUAUGAACACUGGUUAACUACAGAAUUUUUGAUAAACCGAGCUAAACUAUAUGGGAAAUGUAGUCAAGAAUACAAAGCUGAAUUGCAUUAUAGGUGUACAAAAAUUGCACAAGAAAUAUCUAAUAAAGAGCAAUGUGAAGUCAAUAUGGAUAUAAUUUGCUUGAUGACUGAAUUGAUCUUCCGUUUUCACCAAAUUCUUGCCACAGAUCUAGAAACAUUUAGUCGGCAUGCAAAACGUUCAACAGUAACUGUGGAUGAUGUCUUUUGUUUCGUCCGAAGAAAUCCUCAACUGGUAAUUACUGAAUUUAUUUUAUUUUCUUGUCCAUUACAACAGUAUAGAACAAAUAAAACAAUAAAUGUUAAAUAGUUUAUGUUUUAUUUGUUCAUUUUCAUCGUGACAAAGAUAAUGCUUCGUUACUCUAUUUUCUUCACCCAAAUAGCAAAUCAAAUCAAUGUAUUAACUUCACAACUUUUAGAUUUAAUUUUUCUUAUUCCUACUACUUUCCACCGCAAAAUGAUAGAAAAUGGAAUUACAUCAGCAAUAUAGAACAUGUAGCAAAGUUUACACAGCGAAGUAAAUUCAUUUUAUGCUAUAGCUUCUCUCCAACUACAAUAAGCUAAAAGUAUGUAUGAAAUUGAUGGCAAUUGUAGCACACGGCUGUCGUUACCUAUAAUCAGUAGAAAUUGGUGUGUCGCAAUUAACUGAAAAAGGCAGAGAAAUGUUGAUAACACGAUCAACGAUAAUGUGUUACAACAUUUAACGGAUUACCACAAAAAUCCAAUUGGGAAUAGUAAACAAGAAUCUGAUUUGUCAAGCGAAACUUUCAAAACAAAACCAAAGCUUAAAGCUGCUAGGAAAAAAUCUAACUUAAAUAAGAUUUGCUUUAGUGAACCCACUAAACCGGACGAAGCGGAGCAAACUUUAUAACAAUAUAAUCACGAUGUCUAUUGUUUCUAAAAUUGUGAUUGUCAUACAGUGUAGAUAAUUUUUUAAUAUUAAAAAGGUAGAUAAAUAAUAUUAA